GAAGGCUGCAGCAUUUUACACUUAAUCAUUGGUCUGCCCUGCCGCCAAGCGCCGACAAAACUACUGACAGACAAUCACGAGGCUGAUCCGAAUGCCUUGGCAGGGCGUGACUCUGCAUCUGACAUAUGGUUCGGUGCUUUCAGCGUCUCAGUCUUCAGUGUCGAUCUUAGUAACUCUGCAGGCUCAUCCACCAUGUCCAAACAAAGCCAAGAUGCCCUCGACGAGGACUUGCCGCCACCAUAUUCUCCCACAAGCCCCUCAUCACAGACAAUCCCCUCAUCACAAGCCAUCCCCUCACUUUUCUCCUCCCACCUUAGCACCCUUCCUUCUCGUAUCUUGUCAGCUCGAGCCGCCCGGACAUCGGAACGCGAUGAGCGGGACAGCGAGACGUUGGCCAUUCUGGUCCCUCAUGUCGAGGAGCUUCUCCAGUCAAUCACUGCCAUGGAUCCUCCUCCGAGGUUAGUGGAGAUGACCAUGGUCCCGGAAGGCUCAGUGGGAACGGAAUGGAUAUUCAGUGAUGAGGAUCAGACCCGCAAGGUUGUUCGGGUUCAUGAGAAUACCAAGACAAAGGGAGACCGCAAAGAGGAGAAAUACACGGCGCCGCCCCAACAGAGGGCGUUCGAUGACUGGGGAAGAUGGGAUGAACCGUCUUCCAGUACCUCCCGGGAAUCUCUUUGGUGGAGUGACGACGAGAUGGCUUCUCGUCUGGCCAAGUAUCUACAACCAGAUCGGCCGAGGAGAGCUGCACCUCCACCCGCCGCUCCGCCGGUUCAACCCAAGAAAGCGAGUGGUUGGGGCAUGUUCAGAAAGGCCGAGUCAACACCUCCACCACCGCCAGCACCUCGGGCACCUCGGGCACCUCGAAACGAGGACGACGAGGCUUUGAUGACGGUCAAGGCGGAGGAAGUGACGUUUCGGCGGGAGAAUGAAUUCGGCAUCUGGGAGAGCAAGACGGGAUGGGGAUUGGUGGUCCGCGUAAGGAUCAGACAGUAGUUCCUUAUCAACAUGCAGUAUAUACAGAUUUAUGCCGCGAGAGCUUGGCUCUAAGGAGGAGCAAUGAUAAUAUUUCCACGGCGUUUAUAAAAUGACUCUCAGCUUUGGCUGUUUCCUUGCUGGUUGAAUACCACAGAUUACCAUCGACUCUAAGAGCU